GCUUAGACCGUUAUGAAUCAUACAAAUGCAAACUCUUUCUCCUCUCAAAACCAAUACAUUUAUUUUUUUUAGCGAAAACAGGGGAGAAAAUAAAAUAAAAUUAGGUGAUCAGCAGCAGCGCUUCAAUGGCCACAGCUACAACUCCGUUGCCUCCAUCUCCAUCUUGGGUCAUUCCCACGAACAGAAUCAAUUACGGGUCUUUCGUUUGUUUCCAAUUUGAUCACCAAAAGGGUCAAAAGAGGAAAAUUUUGCCAUCUUCUUCUUCGGUUGGCAUUAAAUUGGGCAACGGGAGAGGAGUAGUCUGCUCUGCUGCUGCUCCCCCUUCGCCGUCGUCGCAGGCUCUUCCAGCUGCGCUGCUGUUCGACUGCGACGGAGUUCUUGUGGACACUGAGAAGGAUGGUCACAGGAUUUCUUUCAAUGACACUUUUGCUGAGAAGGAACUAGGUGUAACCUGGGAUGUAGAUUUGUAUGGUGAGUUGCUUAAGAUCGGCGGGGGGAAAGAGAGAAUGACUGCAUACUUUAACAAGACGGGUUGGCCAUCGAAAGCACCGAAGACUGAAGAAGAAAGAAAAGACUUCAUAGCUUCGCUUCACAGAAGGAAAACCGAACUGUUCAUGGCCCUUAUUGAGAAGAAGCUGCUUCCGCUUAGGCCGGGUGUUGCCAGGUUGAUUGACGAGGCUUUAUCAAAAGGAGUAAAGGUUGCUGUAUGCAGUACUUCAAAUGAGAAGGCGGUUUCGGCCAUAGUUUCAUUCUUGCUUGGUCCUGAACGAGCCGAGAAGAUAAAGAUAUUUGCAGGAGAUGUGGUUCCUCGUAAGAAGCCUGAUCCGGCCAUCUAUCUGCUCGCUGCAAGCACUCUUGGCAUUGAGCCCGCGAGCUGUGUUGUGGUAGAGGAUAGCGCGAUUGGGCUUGCUGCAGCAAAAGCUGCUGGCAUGAAGUGCAUUGUAACAAAAAGCGGCUACACUGCUGAUGAGGAUUUCUUGACAGCAGAUGCAGUGUUCGAUUGCAUCGGAGACCCCCCUGAAGCUCGUUUCGACUUGACUUUCUGUUCUAAUCUCCUGCAGAAGCAGUAUGUGUGAGCUCAGCUGUGUUUGCUCUUGCUUCUCUUGUAAAUGUUCGAUUCCUGAAGGAGAAUCACAGUUGUCAGUGCACCUUGUUCGCUGUUCCUUGUCAUGAAUUGGAGAAUUUGAAUGAUUUCUCUUCUGUUUUCGGAAA